AUGGGAUCAAUCGAUGGUGCCAACUUUGUGCUGACGGCCGAAGCCCUUAACAAGGCGCUGCCGGACAUGCACCCCUCAACAAGAGGUAUUCACGCCGAUGACUUUUUCACCCCGCACCGAGCCAUCGCUCCUGGCAUGCACACAGCGGUGAACUUCCGCUACGCACGAGAUGCAGAAGACCUAGUUCCAGAAGAAAACAACGACCCCAACAACCCCAAUGACUCCCACGUAUACUCCCGGUAUACCGCCCCUAACUCCAAGCGGCUGGAGGUACUGCUACGCAGCCUCAUGGGCGGCGAGGUGAUCACUUACUCAACCGGACUGUCGGCUUUCCAUGCAAUGGUGAUCCUCCUCAACCCCAAGAAGAUCUUCAUCGGAGACGGGUACCACGGGUGCCACGGUGUCUUGGAUAUUAUCCAGCGAUUGUCAGGGAUUCAGAAAUUGGAGUUGACAGACGUCGACCAAGCCGGUCCCGGCGAUAUUAUUCACGUCGAAACACCGCUCAACCCGACCGGCGAAGCUCGGAACCUGGCUUAUUAUCGUGAGAAAGCAACCGCGAGAGGAGCUUACUUGACAGUGGAUGCGACAUUUGCUCCUCCUCCGCUUCAGAAUCCCUUAGAUCUUGGUGCGGACAUAGUCAUGCAUAGUGGAACCAAGUAUGUGGGUGGUCACUCCGAUAUGUUGUGUGGGCUUCUGGUCUUGGCCUCUGCGCGGGUGGAAGAGGGAUGGUUGAAAACGCUGCACAAGGACCGCCAGUAUAUCGGUAGUGUCAUGGGGAGCUUUGAGGGCUGGUUGGGUAUUCGAUCUGCGCGCACUAUGCAGCUCCGGGUAAUGAGACAGGCGGAAACGGCCACGAAACUGGCUGCAUGGUUACAAGCGGAGAUUGGAAAUGCAAAGUCACCGGUCUCAAAGGUUGUGAGUCGGGUUCAACACGCGUCACUUCAGAAAGAGGACUUGGAGGAUGGCUGGCUUCGAAAGCAAAUGCCUGGUGGCUUUGGGCCGGUGUUCUCUAUUUGGACUCAUAAUCCGGAACAUGCGCGUCGGCUGCCAACCCGGAUGUUUGUGUUUCAGCAUGCGACCAGUCUUGGAGGGGUGGAAAGUUUGAUGGAGUGGCGGACUAUGAGUGAUGCUGGGUGUGACAAGCGUUUGUUGCGGGUCAGCUGUGGCAUUGAGGAAUUUGAAGAUUUAAAGGCCGAUAUUUUGCAGGGAAUGGAGUCGCUGCUGCGGGAUUUCCCUAACUAG